CCCUUCUGCAGAGUCGAGAGAUCCCUCUUCCUGCGGUCAGCUCUAUAUGACAGCCAGCACUGGUGCAUUGUCUUUCCUAUUUAACUUUAUUUCCCCCCUCACACCUCUUUCCCCAGCACUCGAUACGAGGUCCGCAGCCUUGCGUGCUUCUCCUCGGACUCAGGCUCGCCGCGGUCUUCUGGAACAUGGGCAACAGGGACGAUGAAUACGAUUUCUUGUUCAAAGUUGUUCUUAUCGGAGACUCUGGUGUUGGAAAGAGUAACCUCCUGUCCCGUUUCACACGAAAUGAGUUCAACCUGGAGAGCAAAAGCACAAUCGGGGUGGAGUUUGCGACCCGCAGCAUCCAGGUGGACGGCAAAACGAUAAAGGCGCAGAUUUGGGACACGGCCGGUCAGGAGCGCUACAGGGCCAUCACUUCUGCCUACUACCGCGGUGCUGUUGGUGCCUUGUUGGUAUAUGACAUUGCCAAGCAUCUGACCUAUGAGAAUGUGGAGCGCUGGCUGAAGGAGCUGAGAGAUCAUGCUGACAACAACAUCGUCAUCAUGCUGGUGGGCAACAAGAGCGACCUGCGCCACCUGAGGGCAGUGCCCACCGACGAGGCUAGAGCCUUUGCAGAGAAAAAUAAUCUGUCAUUUAUUGAGACCUCCGCUCUGGAUUCAACCAACGUGGAGGAGGCAUUCAAGAACAUUCUAACAGAGAUCUAUCGCAUUGUAUCACAGAAGCAGAUCGCUGACCGGUCAGCCCACGACGAGUCACCGGGCAACAACGUGGUGGACAUCAGCGUUCCGCCCACCACAGACGGGCAAAAAGGCAACAAACUGCAGUGCUGCCAAAACCUGUAACCAUGACAACCGACCAUCAGCCCCCCCUCCCUGUCCCCCCACUUCACUCUCUGAUUCCCUCUCUACGUGUCGUGCCGCUGAUGUUCCCUCAAUUUAUUUGUGUAAUAUAUAUUUUUUUUCUUUUUGAUAGCUUCUCAACUCACGUACACAUACAUACGAGACAGACACACAUACACACACAUACUACUGCCAUGAAAUAAAAUUUUACAAUAUCUAAU